AUGUUCGUGACUAAAGUCGGCAUCGACCGCUUGCGGGGCGUCGCCCUCCUAGCUAUCCUCACGUCCGUCUGUUCCACGGGAUUUUGUCUUUUUGGGUACGACCAAGGCGUCAUGUCCGGUGUCGUCAUCUCCCAGUACUGGCUCAAGACCAUGGGCAACCCAAGCACAAUAAUGGUCAGCACCAUUACCGCACUCUAUGACAUCGGGGCCAUUGUUGGCGCCAUUGCCGCCGCCUUCACGUCCGAACCGCUAGGCCGCAAACGCACACUGGUCUUCGGUGCUUCUGUCCUCUUGGUUGGCACCAUCCUCAUGGGCACUUGCGUUGAGCGCAUUCAGAUGAUGGUGGCGCGUAUCAUUACCGGCAUCGGUAUUGGCUAUAUAACCUCCGUAACACCGGUGUACCAGAGCGAGAUCACGCUCCCCGAGCAUCGUGGCUGGCUGGUAUGCUGCCAGCUUACAAGCAUGCUGGGCGGGCUCAUGCUGGCAUACUGGAUCAACUAUGCCUUCUACUUUUAUGCUGGCGGCGUUCAGUGGCGCUUCCCGCUGCUGUUCCAACUCAUCUUCUGCGUAUAUAUCAUCGCGCUCACCGUCUGGCUGCCCGAGACACCGCGGUGGCUCAUCAGGCAUGAUCCUACUCCCGCUCGCGGUGUCACCGUACUCGCGAAGCUACGUGCGCUACCGGAAGACCACCCGGUUGUGCAGCGCGAGGUGCAAGAAAUCGUCGAUGCGCUCGCGCUCGAGUCCAAAGAGGAGGGGACAUGGGGCGACCUGUUCCGCGACAACGGCAUCAUGGCAAACAAGCGAUUUUAUCUUGCGCUCGGAAUUCAGUUCAUGCAGCAGCUCACUGGUAUUAACAUCGUGACAUACUAUGCGCCAACGUUGUUCAAGGAGAGCUUGCACAUGUCGCAGCAGAUGUCGCUCUUUUUGGGGUGCUGGCUACAAGUGUGGUACCUCCUCAUGUCAUUUGUGACAUGGUACACAAUCGACCGCAUUGGACGGCGCAAGCUGUGGAUCAGCAUGGCGAUUGGGCAGAUGCUCGUCCUCGUGCUCGAGGCGAUCUGCGUUGCGAUCAAUAACACAGCUUCCGGCGGUGCCGCGGUGUUCUUCAUCUUCCUCUACGAGACGUUUUUUACUUGGGGCUGGAUGGCGACGGUAUGGGUGUAUCCCGCGGAGAUAUUGCCACUCAAGAUCCGCGCCAAGGGCGCCGCGUUGGCGGCGGCCGCAGACUUCCUCGGCAACUUCCUGGUUGUCGAGAUCACGCCCCCAGCGCUGCAGAAUAUCGGCUGGCGCACAUACAUUAUCUUCGCCGUCUUCAACAUCGUGCAGGCGCUCAUUGUUUAUUGCUUCUACCCUGAGACGGCCGGACAGACUCUCGAGUCGAUCGACGAGCUCUUCCGUAACCACGACACGUCUGUGAAGGGCGAGAGCACCGGUUGGGCGAGCGCAAUGCAGUGGUCGAUGGUGCCGAAGGCGAACGGCAUAGGAUAA